AUGCGGUUGGCGAUUCGCUUCCAGUGCAACGGCGCUCUGAGGGUCUCGCGCUGCCCUGCUGCUCUUCUGCUCUUCUCCACCAAAAAUCGGCAGGACGAGCGAAAUUCACAAUUAAGCGAGACCAACAGUUCGCUAAACCCACGAACGCAAUACGGGGACGAUGUGAAUCGUGUGAAUCGUGAUUAUGGCGAUUUUGCAUGCCGAAAUUUGGCUCCCACGCAAACGCAACUCAAAUCUUGUACCUUGCGCAUGCUCCGAGUCAGCGUAUACGGCGAAUUUUGGCUCAGCAUCAUGCACAGGGCACAGUAG